AUGUGUCUGCUGCUGGGGGCCGCGGGCGUCGGCAAGACGCUGUUGGUGAAGAGGCUGCAACAGCUGAGCUCCGCGGACGGGAAGGGCGACCUGGGCGACCCCCCCCCGACGCGGCCCACGGUGGGCACCGACCUGACGGACAUCGUGGUCCCGAGGAAGAUCACCAUCCGGGAGCUGGGGGGCUGCAUGGGCCCCAUCUGGCCCAGCUACUAUGGAGAUUGCCAUUGUCUCCUGUUCAUGAUGGAUGCCGCCAACCCCACUCAGCUGUCCGCGUCCUGUGUGCAACUCCUGGGUCUUCUUUCUGCAGAAGGACUUGCGGAAGCAUCAGUCCUGAUACUCUUCAAUAAAAUUGAUCUGCCCUGUUACAUGACCAUCGAGGAGAUGAAGUCCUUGAUCAGACUCCCAGACAUCAUUGCCUGUGCCAAGCAGAACAUCACCACGGCAGAAAUCAGUGCCCACAAGGGCACUGGCUUAUCUGAGGUGAUGCACUGGCUCCAGGACACCCACAGGCCCAACCGCUGACCACCUGGAGCAGAAGUGUGACAGGCUGGCUCCGGGGAGGAGGCAGAGAAUAGCACCGUUCGGCCUCCAGCGAUCUCUACUCAUCAGGGACAGGAUGACCCAACACAAGCCAGGGGGCUCCUGGCCUGAGUUGCAGUGAUGGGCAAACUGAGGCACCCUAGUUACAGAGACUCCUGAUAGCUGGCCUCUGAAUGAAAAAAUUGUCCCCAUGGCAGGGAGAGGAAGCCGGGCUUGCAGGGUGGCUGGGUGUCCUGCUGCCGUCCUGGAAUCUACUCCUUUCCCAUCAGGACUGCUCUGCUUCCCCAGAGGUGUUUGCGCUGCACAGCCCCACAGACUUGGUUUCUUGACUGUGGUACAGAUUGUACCCACGAGUUUCUGACAUGCCGAUGACAUGACCUCCACUGUGUGAGGCCGCUGUCAUAGAAAGAACCGAGCCUGGAGUCAAAACGAGAACAGUGUUUUCAUUAGUUCAUGUGCCGAAUGCACUUGUGUGCCCAGGAGGGCAUCGGGGUCCCACGGGUAGGCGAGCGUGGGGGCGGCUCUGAUAGAGCGCAGGAGGUCCUGGCAAGCUCAUCCUGAUGUCAGCUGAGGGGUUUGCAGAACACCUGUCGGGUGUAUUCAUGUCCUAGGGCCUCCGUAACAAAUUGUCACCAACUUGAUGGCUCACAGCCACCUAAAUUUAUGCUCAUGGUCCUGGAGGUCAAAAAACUAACAGCAAGGUGUCCGCAGCGCUGGUUCCUUCUAGAGGCUGUGAGGGAGAAUGCAUUCCUUGCUGCUUUUCUGGCUUCGAGUGGCUGCUGGCGGUUCUCCAUAGAACUUGGCUUGUGACUUGUGGAACUAGAAUCCUUGCCUGUGCAUGUGGCCUUCUUUCCUUAUAGGGACCCGUUACUGGAUCUAGGGCCCACCCUAAAUCUAGGAUGAUCUAGAGAUCUCUAGUUGCAUCUGCAAAGAUCCUUUGUCAAAAUAAGGUCACGCUUGCAUGUCUCCAGGAUUACAGUGAGACGUGUUCUCAGGGCUGCUGUUCAGCCCACUGUGCUUGGGGUUGAGCCCUCCGCUCCUGGGUGUGGUGGUGUUUCCUACAGAUGGAUUCCUUCAGCUCAGCUGGCGGGUGAGGCUAGUAGGGCCUCCGGGCGUGCAGAGCGGGGCACAGGCUUCAGCCGCAGUUUCCACUUGGCUACUUCGUUGCCAGGGUCUGUAUGCGGGAGUUGGAUGCCUCCGAGAAGCUCUUGCGGGGCCCCUGGGGCUGAGUCUCUGCCCCCCACCCACCCCGUGGACGUGCUCCUCUCUGGAAAGCCUGGGAUCACUGUGUGCUGCGUCACUGCGUGAAUCGCCCGUGAAUCACCCCAUGCAGCCCUGGGUGUGAAUGGCCUCCACCCCAGGAUGAAGUCCUUGUGGCUUUCAGACAACUUGGCACCCAGAGUCCCCAGCCUUCACCCACCACCCCCACCCCGCCCCGCUUCAGUUACACACCGUGCACUCAGGAGACAAGCACCUGGCUCUGUCUUUGGGGUGACCUCAGUCUGGGCACCAUCUCUCAGGGGCUGGCCCCCCGGCACAGGCUUCACCUCAAACUUUACACCUGGUGACAUCUCAUGAUAAAGCCACCCCGGGCCAAGUUGUUGAGUUUUGGGGACACUCUGACAGGCCUGAGAGGAUUCCAUAUGUCAUGUGACUGGCGAACCUGGUGUGAAAGGCAGACCUCCUCCAGCCACAACCUGUUUCCAUCUUCCUGCUUUAGUGCCACGCUUGGCAACACGUCCAGGAGCAUGGGCGUUUCUCAGGGACUCGUUCGGUCCUGGUCUUGCCACUAUGCCACGUCCUGGAAUCUUACUGCAGAAAGGGUGCCAGCCACUGAAGGAGCAGGCGUGCUGCCCACCCCACUGCCACUGGAGAGCUGGCAUGAGUCCUGGCUGCUGCAGGGCGCCCAGCACUCCUGGUCACCUGAUGUAGGACAGGGCCCCCACCACACAGAAAGACACCCCUGAGCACAAAUACAACUUCAACUCAA